AUGCCAAGAUUGACUUUUACAAUGGAUUGUAACCACUGAAGAGUAUACCACUCGCUGCAUUUUAACUUGAUUGUCGUAUCAUAAAACACUUGUGAUACGACUAUAACUUGCAUAACAGAAGCUUGAGAAAUCUACAUGAUCAAGUAGUUUCAUUUUCAUCUGGCAUUCUCAUUAUAACUUUACCCCGGGACACAUAUCAUAAACGUUUAUUUACAUAUCGUGUGUAUACUUAUUGUAAAAUCAGUGUAUUGCGUGAUGUGAUUAUUCGGACUUAUUAAUAACCACUUCAAAGGGUCAAUUACAUGAGGAUUCCGAGGAAUUUAAAUAUUUCAAUACAUCACGGAAGGAGUUGACUAACCUCAAAAAUAUUGUUUUCAAAUUGUUAACAUGGAUAACGGAAGACAACGAGCCCAUUCUGCUUCAUCUCUUAAGUCUUUACAUAUUUACGGUCCCUCAUCUAAGUGGACUAAACGACAGGCUCGAAGUACACCCGAACUUCGACUUUAUAUGCAACAAUCAAUGCUGAGUGGAUUAAAUACAACAGUACCUCAAAGUUUAAUACCUCAGGAUUUUGCCAAAACACACAAACCAAAGACACAAUCAUCAAAACGGGAUAGAUGUUGUAAAGGGAACUUCUGUCGCUCUUGUUGCUCACUCAGAUUGUUUUUGGUUUUCUGGCAGUUGAUAUUAGGAGCAGCAAUCACAGCUAUGUCAUUCUACUUGUACUUUUAUGUGUCCGAUUCAUUAAAGAUUAGAGACACUCCAUUCUGGGCUGGAAUACCGUUAUUUGUAGCAGGUGCACUAGGGAUAUACGUUUGUGCAAAUGACUAUGAAAACUACAUAGGUAGCUCGAAAAACUUUGCAUUAAAGGGAUGCUGUUUUGUUCUUACGGUAAUCUGCAUAUUUGUUUGCCUGGUUGCCAGUACAUUCCCUCUCAUUCAUAUUGUGAAAAUGUACAAAUACCACCAUUGUGAAAAUCUGAAUAAUGACUGUCUGUGUUACGGAUCUCCAGAUCCUCUAUCCAGAAUAUUCACGUACCGAGAACUCGGCAACUGUGACACAUUAUAUUGUUUGGUUAAGAUAUUCUUUAUUGUAGAAAGUGGAUUGUGUGCUUUAGGAAGUGGCAUAUCUUUUUGGUUUGCAAUUUUACUUUGGAAAUCGAAAUAUGGGGGGAUAUUCUCUGGAAUAAGAUACUCCUUCAGUUCGCACACAAAUGGAAAUAUCGAUCAUGUUUGAUAAAAGUCUUACUAUGAAUAGUAUAUCAGAUUAAUACAAUCUAGUCAUUAAGUUUGAAAAUAAGACUGCACCGAUGAACCAACAACAUAAGGGGAUACACAUGUCUGUUUGUAUUCAAUCUUCUUUACAGUAGGAUUUAACAAUUGCUAUCUAUACUGAAACAUUGUACCGGAUAGUUUAGUUUGAACAGUAUUUCACAAUGUAAAUCAUUUCUAAGUAAAUCAGUAAUCGACAGAACGGUUAUUAAUGGGCACAAUUGUAAGAAAAAAUAUACCUUAUUUUUCAGUAUAUAAACUUUAUUCUUGUUUGGUGUGUGCAUGAGCUCAAUGUUUACGAGACACUCGCGCGGCAACCAAAAAAAAACCAUAAUUAUAUAAAGACAUCACGUUAAUCGAAUGAAUUGUCAGUGGAUUAAAUCAUUUACAUACCUUGCCCAACAUUUGUUUAGAUACAUGAAUACACGUAUUUUUCCGGACAAAAGACAAGGCCUGAUACCAGCAAUAAAUCUCGACGAUAAAACCAUAAAAAUAGCGACAACCAUCGGAGUGAUUCGUAAUAGACACAUGUACAUUAUGACUUGGUUAACAUAAUUUUGAAAUAACUCAACCUCUUUUACCCCAAGCACAAAGAAAGGUUGACAUAAUAAUUAUUGUAACUUCCGAGACAAAUGCCAAAAUAAAUUUCCAGAGAAGGGACCCAAUUUUAUACGUAAAUUGCAGGUAAUGGUAAACAUAAUUAGAUAUAAACUUCUCACUGAUUACAAUCCAUAUUUAAGAAUAUAUAGUGAUAGCAAGGUUAAAUUGAACGGUGUUAAAUCGAUGUAAAUAGAUUAACAUAAAAAUUGUUUCACAGAUUUCUCGCAAAUCAAAACAUUUUUGAUAUACUUUGCGGGUAACAAUAACUGCAGGUUACAACAGAAAAUGAUAUUAUUGUUACCUGCAAUUUCCGUAUGAAAUUGGGUCCCUCUCUGUAAAUACAUCUCAGCCAAAGUAUAUAUUGGUAGUAACAAUAAUUAUUUGUUAACCGUAUAUCCAGCGGCCCAGUUUAGGAAAUAUAAGUCAACCGGAAUAUCCCAAUUGCGCAUCCAACAGUUAAACGUUUCUUCAUCUUUCAGACCAUGAGGAGUCCCCCAAGAGAUUGUUACAAACUAAAAGUUCUGUCCCUGUACAUUAUACCCUCUUUUCCAGUGGGUGGUUUAAAUUCCUUGUCGACCCAUUUUGCAGAAUCUAUCUUUUUAAUAUAUCGUUAAUUCAGUUUAGACUGGGAAAUGGAUCAAAUAUUUGCCACAUGACGUU